AUGUUAUUCACUGUCGAACAAAAUUUGAGACUCAAGUAUUUCAUCUUGGCUCUGGAACCUAUGGACAUGUUUACAAAAUAUUUAACACCAAGCGUCAAAAGAUGUUUAGCUAAAAAAGUAUUUAUUGACAGAGAAAGCGAAUAUAACAAGAAAGAAAUGGAAUUCUACGCUUCACAAAAUCAUGACAAUGAAGAAUAUAUUGUUUCACCCAGUAACAUUCUUCAACCCACAUAUGUGAUCUUGCCUUAUUUGAAUGGUCGAACGUUCAAGAACGAGAUUGAAUAUCAGUUGACUAAAAACCUCAGAACCGAUUGUUCCAAACACGAAUUAAGAAAGAUGAAGAAUUUAAUCGAAAUGUUGAAAGGUCUUCAUACGAAAGGUCUUUUCCAUCGAGAUGUUUCCUUCAAGAAUAUCAUGAGUCAUUUUGUAUAUUCUCCAUCUCAUUCUGAAGAUGAAAAUGAGUACUUUUCAAUCAUUCCAUUGAAAGAAACGUCAGGUGUCUUGAAAGUUGCUUAUCGAUUAAUUGAUUUUGGUACUGUAAAACCUUUUCCUAGUUCCACUCUUCUGGAAUGA